UCUGUUCCUGUGCUGUCAUCCAUUGCGACAGCCAUUACGUGUUCCUUCCAAGAACCUCUUCCUUCUGAUCCCAUCUUUCCGUGUAUAUAUAUAUAUAUAUGUUCAUUCAGUCCCUUUGCCUCAACCAUUGACAACAGCGAUCAAAUCUGUUUUCAAUUCCCUCUCUUUUCUCUGAAAUCACAAGCAACAAAAAGGGUCUUCGUCAACAAUGGCAGGGAUUGGCAAAGGGGCUGUUUUUGAGGAUAUGCUGCCGAUGAUGGCUGACAAACUGGGUGGCGAUGGGCUUAUAAGGGAGCUGUGUAAUGGGUUUCAGUUGCUGAUGGACAAGGACAAGGGGGUGAUCACUUUGGAGAGCCUGAGGAGGAAUUCUGCGCUUCUGGGUCUCCAGGACUUGAAGGAGGAGGAGCUUGUGAGCAUGGUCAAGGAGGGUGAUUCGGACGGCGAUGGGGCGCUAAAUCAGAUGGAAUUUUGUGUGUUAAUGUUCAGAUUGAGCCCUGAGUUGAUGGAGGAAUCUCAGUUCUGGCUUGAGGAGGCCAUGGAAGAGGAGCUCAACUACCGGAUGUGCUGAUUUUGUGGGAAUAUUAUUCCCUGCCGUACGCUGUGCAUACUGUUGUAAUUGAGGAAAAACUUUCUUUGUAAUUCAAAUUCUUUUACCUAUCUCCUAUAUUUUUGGGAAUAAGUGAAGAUUUAAUAAGAUAAAUACUGAUGCCAUUGAUGUUCU